GUUUAUUGUUCAUGCUGUUUGAUCGCUUSGAAGUGGUUUUUAGACAAUUUUCWUGUUCAAAGGUCUAUUUCUUUUAACCAGUCAAUGAUGUUAUCUGGUGAACCAAUCAAAACAGAGGAAUUUAGMACAACAGAUACCAAACAACUGUCAAUCAAAGAAUUGAAAGAGUCUGUCAAACCAAUCAAAAAGCAUGAAGAACUACAGUACCUUGACAUGAUCCGCCAUAUUAUUGAUCAUGGGAUAACAAAGUCUGACCGCACAGGAACUGGUACAAGAUCCAUAUUUGGAACUCAAAUGCGUUACAGUUURCGUGAUAAUGUCUUCCCACUUCUWACSACAAAGCGUGUGUUUUGGCGAGGCGUAGCAGAGGAGUUACUAUGGUUUGUCAAGGGGAACACCAAUGGAAAUCUUCUCAAAGAAAAAAAUAUUCAUAUUUGGGAUGCAAAUGGUUCAAGAGAUUUUCUAGACAAACAAGGU